AUGAAACUAUACAAUAAUUCAAUUUGUGAAUAUUGUACUCAUCUUGAAGAAUUCAAAAGUUCCCAGGCGCUGAACCAUCACCAAAUGACCGUACACUCAGGACAUUUCAAAGACAUCACCGAACAAUUCUACCAUUAUGUCAACCUCCUUGCCGAUGAACGGUUUCAAAUGGCAGUAGAAGAGAUUAAAGCCGAGAUUGCAGGACAAGAGAAAUUUGUCGUAUUUCUUAAUGCAAGCAAAAGUCGAAAAAUUAAUGGGAGACAUGGAUGGAAAAUCUGGCACCAAAAGGAAACUGCAAUCAGGAAAAAAAAGAGGAAAAGAAAUCUGCAACCACAAGGAAAGUCAUCGACGGUUCCAAGCAGCAGCAGCGUCAAAAGCAAAUGGGUCCCGCUUGAAGUGCCUGAAGUGCCGGUGGUUGCGAACGACUACGAACGUCAACUGUUUCGUGAAUCGCAACAGCAAAAGGCUGGGCCGCUGCAGCGAUACCCAUCGGUUGGAAUUAAUAGGUCUUCUACACUAACAAACAGCUAUUACGGUCAUCAGGAUCAAUUUCAUUCAGCUCCAGCUGUGCCAGCCUAUCCCACGAAACCUACAACUCCAUUCCAGGGCAAUAAUUGGGCAACAUCCACUAGUACUUACAAAUCUCCUACAGCAGCGACUUCGAUGCCUCCAACGGCCAAUACACCUGCACCACCUCCAAGUGGCCAGCCUGUACAAAAAUUUUACCAAGUUCCGGGUGCCCAGCCUUUGCAACCAUUUCGUCGGUUGUUGAAAAGGGCAAUAACAAAUAAAAAAAUAAUAAAUGAAAAUAUGCAACAAUGUCAUCAGUCCCCGAGCAUCCAGCCUUCGCAGCAAUUUCAUCAACCUCGUCCAAGCAUCAAGCCUUCGCAGCAGUAUCAUCAGCCUGCUCCACCACCGCCUGCAGCAGCUACGAUGGAUCCUCCCACAAUUACAAAGAAUGUUUCGCGCUUGGGCUCACAGAAUCAACGUAACAGAGUUUACGUCCAGGAUACUAGCGUUUCCAGUGGUCGAUCUGGUGGAUAUUUCAACGGUGCGUCGAAUUCGCAAUUCCAGCAAGUCAAUUAG